AUGCCACCCAAAUUGACUUCGUUCGCAUGCUUCCUAGCACCUAUUAUCCAGUCAGCCAGUGGUAAAACACUAUGGUCUACAUCCCCAGCCGACGCUCGUGACAUCUACCGAACUACCUAUCCUUUGGGCAAUGGCCGGCUCGGUGCGAUGCCAGUUGGCCCUCCAGCAGCGGAGACACUCACCUUGAAUCUUGAUAGUCUCUGGUCGGGAGGACCUUUCAACAUAUCUAACUAUACAGGCGGAAACCCACACACCUUAAUUGCCUCAGCACUUCCUGGUAUCCGUGAUUGGAUCUUCACAAAUGGCACGGGCAAUGUGUCGGCCCUGCUUGGGUCCAACGACAACUAUGGAUCUUAUCAAGUCCUGGGAAAUCUGACUGUCAAAAUUCCCUCGUUGAGCAGUGAUAUUGUUUCAAACUAUACCCGUAAGCUCGAUAUGAGCACUGGCACCCACACAACUACGUUUAUUGCGAAUGGCAAUGAUCUGGAAACUACUGGAUUCUGCUCAUUUCCAGACCAGGUUUGUGUAUAUACCGUCCAGUCCACGGGUGCAGGCGAUGUACCACCAUUGGAGGUAACACUGGAUAACGUAUUAGUCUCGCCGCAGCUGCAGAAUGUUACUUGCGUAGAGGGGGACACUACAAAGCCGGCGCAUCUGAGAUUACGGGGCGUUACCCAGCUCGGUCCACCAGAGGGAAUGCGAUACGACUCCAUUGCACGUGUGGUGUCCAAUUCCAACACUGACGUUUCAUGCGACGAAAAUACUGGUCUCUUGAGCAUCGCCCCUCGCAGUGGCACAAAAAGCGUCAGCAUUGUAAUUGGCGCUGGGACAAACUACGACGCAAAGAAAGGAACAGCAGAGCACAACUAUUCCUUCCGUGGCGAAGACCCAGCACUAAUAGUUGAAGCCACCACCCUCAAAGCCGCUACAAAAACACUCGAUCAACUACGCGGCCGCCAUAUCGACGACUUUACAGCUCUCACGGGACUCUUCGAACUGUCUCUCCCAGACCCACUUAACUCCUCCCAAACCCAAACAUCCGAGCUCAUCAAUCGAUACACCGUAAACAACACCAGCGGAGACCCCUACCUAGAAAGCCUCCUCAUGGAAAACUCCCGCUACCUCUUCAUCUCCAGCUCGCGCCCAGGCUCCCUGCCACCCAACCUCCAAGGCCGCUGGAGCGAAGGUCUCGAAACAGAUUGGUCGGCCGACUACCACGCCAACAUCAACUUCCAAAUGAACCACUGGACAUCAGACCAAACCGGGCUCACGGACCUGCAAUCCCCACUUUGGGACUACAUGACCGACACGUGGAUGCCGCGCGGUGCCGAAACAGCCACACUCUUAUACAACGCGCCCGGCUGGGUCGUCCACAACGAGAUGAACAUCUUCGGCCACACGGCCAUGAAGAGCGCGGCGGAAUGGGCAAACUACCCCAUCGCAGCCGCGUGGAUGAUGCAACACGUUUUCGACCACUGGGAUUACAGUCGCAACGCCACAUGGCUACUUAAACAAGGGUACCCGUUACUCAAAGGCGUCGCCAUGUUCUGGCUCGAUCAACUCCAACAAGACGGGUAUUACAAAGACGGCAGUCUAGUAGUGAACCCGUGUAACAGCCCCGAACACGGUGGAACGACAUUCGGAUGUGCGCAUUAUCAACAACUCAUCCACCAAGUUUUUCACUCUAUACUAGCUGUGCAGCCCACAGUCGCCGACCCAGAUACCGUGUUCCUAACCAAUCUGACAUCUUCGCUACACCGUCUGGAUAAAGGCUUCCACACUGGCUCCUUCUCUCAAAUCAAAGAAUGGAAAAUCCCAGACAGCUACACCUACGACCGCCCCAACGACACCCACCGCCACCUCUCCGAACUCGUAGGCUGGCACCCCGGAUUCUCCCUCUCCGCCCUCCAACACGGCUAUUCCAACGCCACCAUCGCGUCCGCCGUCAGGCAAAAACUCAUAUCCCGCGGCCCGGGCAAAGGCCCCGAUGGAAACUCCGCGUGGGCUAAAGUCUGGCGUAGCGCCUGCUGGGCUCGCCUCAAUGACACCGAACACGCGCAUUGGGAGUUGCGCUUUGCGAUUGAAACGAAUUGGGCGCCGAAUGGAUUGAGCAUGUAUUUUGGGGAUAAGAUUCCGUUUCAGAUUGAUGGGAAUUUUGGGUUUGGCGGCGCGGUGUUGGGGAUGCUGGUUGUGGAUUUGCCGGGUGCGGAAGUUGGUAGGGAUGGGGAGGCGGAGAGGACGGUGGUUUUGGGGCCGGCGAUACCGGGGAGUUGGGGUGGGGGGAGGGUGAAGGGGUUGGUGGUUCGAGGGGGUGGGGUUGUGGAUUUUGGGUGGGAUGGACGGGGUGUUGUUGGUUGGGUGAGUGUGAAGGGUAGGGAUGGUGGGGAGAUGAAGGGGGUUAGGUUUGUUAAUAAAGAGGGGAGAGUUUUGGUUGAUUCUGUUUAG